GGGGGUGGGGUCGUGGCUCAGACGUCGCGGCAGGACAAGGAUGGACGACGGUUAAUGUCUGUGCGGUCGUCGCCAUAUAAGGGAAGUCCGGACGGCACUUGUAUCGGACAGGUUGUGUCCUUGCCUUUAGUUAAGCGACACAACUAUCAUUCCCAAAAAACGAGCAGCCCUAUUGCCGUCCUCUAUGACCAUAUACGAAGUGAAAUCACAUACAGUCACCUCGAGCAGAAGGAAGCAAGAAAAGAAAAUGACAUCGGACGAAGAGCUGGGACCGCUGGUCAGGCUCUGGGGCAUCAGGCUGGACCAGCUACCGCCAACGACGGCCAAAGCGGACGAGCUGGCGCCGUUUCUCGGCUCGAUCCUGCGCGAGGCGAUCCGGCUCCUCGACUCGGCCGUACCCAGGGCAUCGACGCCGGGGCCCCAAGACGCCAAGGCGACGGCGUGGAAGAGCAAGGGACGCAGGAGGCCGGCGGGCAGCCGGGCGGAGGUAGAGCUGCUGGAGCGGACCUUUUCGGCGGCGGAGCUCGCGCGCGUCUCCUCCUCCUCCUCCUCCUCCUCCUCCCUCGUCGUCGGCCACAGGCCGACAGAGCGCAUACGGGCAGAGACGUGGAUCGGGCGGCGGUCGGUGCACGACGACGGCGACGACGGCGACGGUGGCAGCAGAGACGAGGCGGCGGGGGGCUUGGCCAGCUGGGCCGAGUUCCGCGACGGCCUCAAGGACCGACACGCCGAGGCCGAGGCGACCUUCACGCCGAGCAUCGCGGCACACCGGAGGGCGGCGGCGUGGGACUGCGGGGGCGUCGAGGUCGAGGUGGCGGCGGGUGGUGCGGCUGGGGAGGAGGCAACGACGACGACGUGGGGCGACUUCACGCUCGCCGUGGAGGAGGCCAGGCACCGCAUCGGGCGGCCGCUGCUCAGGGACCGAGUGUUUGCCGUGCUGCAGCUCACGAGCGCCGUCGUCGCCGCGCCGGCUGGCGGUGGGGACGAGUUUGUGGUUGUGAGCAUACCAAUCGUCGACGAGGCCGAGGGCGAGCGGGAAGCUGGGACGGUCACGGGGAAGGGGAACGGAAAGGGAAAGGAGAAGGAAGCAGGGGCGGAGGCGGAGGCGGAGGCAGAAGUGGCCAGGAAGCUUCUGCCCGUCCUGGAGCUGGCUCGGGACGGCGGGGUGGUUGUCGGGGCCUACGUCAGCGUCGAGCGGGUGCGGCGGCUGGGGGCGGGCGAGGCCGAGGCCGAGGCCGGGAAGAUCGAGUGGGUCAUGGCCACGGCCUCGGACGCGCGCGGCGUGCUGCCCGCCCGGGUGCAGGCCAUGGCGGUGCCGAGCCAGAUCGUCAAGGACGUGCCCUGGUUCCUGGCGUGGGCCGCGCAGCAGAGGCCGGCGCCCGAGGCCGUAUGA